UUGUGCGGUUGGUUGUGCUAUGGAGUGUUGGACUCACCGAUUUCCGUUAAAACUGCGUGCGUUUGAGCGGGUUGACCCUCUCUCUCUUCCUCUCCUUCUAAAUAUUUAUUUCAUAAAUUACAUAAGAAAAAUAAGAAUUUUCCAAGUUCUUUUCCUUUUCCUUUUCCUAGUAGCAUUAGAUCCAAUUUCCUCGUUCAAGCAGGGAAACUUAAUUCCACCUCAUUUCCUUGUUCUCUCAUAUAUAUAUUUCUUCCUAUUGUUAUUACCCAUAAUAAAUAGGCCAAAUAAAUAUCUAAAAUACCAAGAUUUUAUUGUGAAUAUUAGUAUUUAGAGGAGAGGAGAGGAGAGGGUUGCAUAUAUUUAAGUUCACCUUUUGCCUACACAUCAAGUCAUCACCCUAUCUGGAAUCUUAGGCGUGUUCUUAAGAUAUCGUUGGUUAGACAGGCUUUCACAACAAUUUCAGUCAAUGGAACAGUUGAAAUUAGCGGCAGAAGCUCAGCAAAAAGAGGAUCAUUCUUUUAAGAGCAACCAGAGAAGUGAUGACGCACAUGAGUGCUCAGGCAGUCCUCGAAGUCGAAAGAUAUCAGCUAGAUGGGAUCCGGAUGAACCAUGCAGGCCUGCCAUUGAUGAAGCACCUGUAUUUUAUCCAACUAUUGAGGAGUUUGAAGAUACACUUGGUUACAUAGCAAAGAUACGCCUAGUGGCUGAAUCUUAUGGUAUAUGUCGGAUUGUCCCGCCACCUUCCUGGACCCCUCCCUGCCCUCUUAAGGAUAAAGAGAUGUGGGAGCAUGCUAAAUUUUCCACACGUAUUCAGCAAGUUGACUUGCUUCAAAACAGAGAAGCCAUGAAAAAGAAAAGUAGAGGUCGGAAGCGAAAACGAAGGAGGCACUCAAGAAUGGGAACCAAAAGACGAUCAGAAGCUAAUGUUGCUUCCGAGACUGAUGAGAAGUUUGGGUUCCAUUCAGGAUCAGACUUUACAUUUGAAGAGUUUCAGAGAUAUGCCUAUACUUUCAAGGAGAGUUACUUCAGAUCAAAGGAUGCUAAGGAGGCUUCAAAUUCUGGUGAAACUAGAAGCAAAAUAUGGAAACCCUCUGUGGAAGACAUUGAAGGUGAAUACUGGCGAAUAGUUGAGCAACCAACAGACGAGGUUGAGGUUUACUAUGGAGCUGACUUGGAAACGGGAGUAUUUGGAAGUGGGUUUCCUAAGGCAUCGUCUAUGGUAACCGAAAAUGAUUUGGAUCAGUAUGCAAUGUCUGGUUGGAAUCUAAAUAAUUUCCCACGCCUUCCUGGUUCUGUAUUGUCUUUUGAAGCAAGCGACAUCUCAGGAGUUCUAGUCCCAUGGCUCUAUGUUGGGAUGUGCUUUUCUUCAUUUUGUUGGCAUGUUGAGGACCACCACCUCUAUUCCCUAAAUUAUCUGCACUGGGGUGACCCAAAAGUUUGGUAUGGAGUGUCUGGAAGCCGUGCUCAAUCUUUGGAACGUGCAAUGAGAAAGCAUUUGCCAGAUUUAUUCGAGGAACAACCAGAUUUACUCAAUGAACUGGUCACUCAGCUAUCUCCUUCAGUUUUAAAGUCUGAAGGUGUACCUGUGUAUCGAGCUGUCCAACAUUCUGGGGAGUUUAUUCUUACCUUUCCGAGGGCAUACCAUUCUGGAUUUAAUUGUGGCUUUAAUUGUGCCGAGGCAGUGAAUGUGGCCCCUGUUGAUUGGUUAGAACAUGGGCAAAAUGCAGUUGAGCUAUACAGUGAGCAGUGUCGCAAGACAUCAAUCUCACACGACAAAUUGUUACUGGGAUCAGCACAGGAAGCUGUACAGGCUCUUUGGGAGCUAUCGGUUCUUGGAAAGAAAACUACAAGAAAUUUGAGCUGGCAAAAUGUUUGUGGCAAAGAUGGUGUCCUCACCAGAGCAGUUAAGGUAAAUCUCUCUCUCUCUCUCUCUCAUAUAUAUAUAUAUAUAUAGUUGCAAAAGAUGGAAAGAGACUUUGAUUUGAACGAGAGAGAAUGUUUUUCUUGCUUCUAUGACUUACACUUAUCUGCUGCCAGCUGCAAAUGCUCUCCUGAUCGAUUUUCAUGUCUCAAACAUGCAAAGCAUUUUUGUUCAUGUGACAUCAGUCAUAAAUAUGUCCUUCAACGCCACACUAUCAGUGAAUUAAAUAUGCUGGUUGAAGCAUUGGAAGGGAGAAUAGAAGCCAUGAAAGUAUGGGCAUCCAAGGACCCUGUAGUAGUUUCUAUAGACGAUACUGAUAGGCGUACUGCUAAGUUGGAUCAAGAAAGUAGCAUGUCUCAUAAGAGAGUCAAGUCUUGUAAUCCAAGGGAAACUUCAUCUUGUUGCCCUGUUUCAGAAGAGAAGGUCAACAUAAAUGCAUCUUGCAGUUCAUCUAGUCAAGUUUCUUCUGCGGUUGUCCAGUCAGGGUCACAGCAUGGAGCUUUUAGUUUAAGUGCAUCUCACAUCACUAUGGAUGGUCAAAAUGACGAUGAAACUCUGGCCAUGAAUGACGAGGAAAAGAUGGGGAAUGAGUGCUGUUUUGAUUUAAAUCUUAAUUAUAUGUCUGAUGAACGUGAAAGCAGGACGAUGCACAUAUCUGAUGACUUUGAUAACAAGGCUGUCACAAUUGAGGAGGAUACAUCUACAUCCGUGUCUAAUCAAGAGAAAGUUUGUAGUUCAGAUGUAGCCAGAGACCCAGACAUGAUGAAAGUUGAUAAUGGCUACCCUGCCUGUUCAAGGGACAUCAGGAAUAGUUGUGCGAGUGAUGGCAAUAAGCUGUUCGGUGUUGAACUUUGCUUACCCCAUCCUUCUUCAAACAAACAGUCAAUAAACUUUUCAAAAACUGAAAUUGUCGAGGACUCAGGUGUAAACAUAUCCUUGACUGACCAAAGCUAUCAAUUACAGAAGUUGAGUCCUUCGGUUGAGCCUAUAGAUUUUGGGGCUGUUGUGUCUGGAAAGUUGUGGUGCAGUAAGCAGGCCAUAUAUCCAAAAGGGUAUAGAAGCCGAGUUAAAUUUUAUAGUGUGCUUGACCCAACAAAAGUUUGUAGCUAUAUUUCAGAAGUUCUCGCUGCUGGGCUUCUUGGGCCUCUAUUUAAGGUUACUUUGGAAGAAUGCCCCGGUGAGGCUUUUGCUAAUGUAUCGGCAGAGAAGUGCUGGGAUAUGGUACUGCAGAGACUAAACCAAGAAAUAAAGAGACGGAGUAGUCUAGGGGAAAGUGGACUGCCCCUUUUGCAGCCUAGCAUUAAUGGCCUUGAAAUGUUUGGAUUUCUCUCCCAACCCAUUGUUGAGGCUAUUGAGGCCCUCGAUCCCGACCAUCAAUGUGUGGAGUACUGGAAUUACAAGCGUAUCGUCCCAUUGGCGUUUGGCAAUGUUGGUGAAAUCAAGCAGCAUUCGUUUGAAUCAAGUAGAAGUCUAGGAGAAACAGAUACGAAAAUUUUUGGUAUUACUUUGACAAGGCAGGACCGGGAUAAUCCAUCGGUGGAAGGAGAUCAUCCAACCGAAGAGAUGCAGUUAGUGUUGCGAAGACUAUUAAAGAAGGCAGAUUCCGAAGAGUUGAGGACAUUACAGAGAGUAUUGUGCAGUGAGUCACAAAGUUCAAAAUGGAGAGUGGCAUUCACAUCCUUGAUUGAAGAGAUCCAGAGAAAUGUAGAUAGUUAAGGAAAAGUAAUAAUAGGUCCCCUCAUUCUUUCUCAUUCAAGGUAGCUUCUUUUCCUAUUUAGUCAUUCUUUAGGCCUAUUCUUUGCUAUAAAAAAAUCCAUAACAAGGAAAGAGAGGGAUUCUGGGUCUUGAGUUGGGCACAAAAUUUUGUAAUGUGGCUACUCGUGACUGAAUCUAGAGUUCUGAUUUGGUGA